UGCAGUUGCUGUUAACAAGGCCAGCAGUAUACACUCAUGUGGUUAAAAUCAGCAGUUUAUUUACUUAAAACCCUUGAUUUUAGAUUCUGGACACUAUUUCUGCAGACACCGUGUUAACAGGAUUUGAUACAAAACAAAAAAUAAUGUUUUCCUGACAGUAGCCUGGAACUUCCUUACCAGGGUUACACAGUGAAUUAACUGUUGGUUGUUAUGGUUUGAAGAUCCAAGAGAGUGAAGCUCAAAUUUUAGGGAGAAAGAAGAAAUGCAGGCGAUGAGUUCAGCAAAUGGAAUAACAGAGCAGUGCUGUGGGGAGCACAGACGGAAACUAAAGUUGUUUUGCCAGGAGGAUGAAGCUUUUAUCUGUGGCCUGUGUGUUUCAAGACAUUCUAACCACCAUUUUGUGUUCUUGCAAGAGGCAGUGAGCAUGUAUAAGGACACGCUGAAAACAGCUCUAUUAUCUAUUGAGUCUAAACAUUUACGAAACAAACAGGAGAAAGAAAUCAUAGACAUACAAGAGGAUGCUUUUAAUUUGGAAGAGUACUUUAAACAAAAAUUUGCAAAACUGUACCAGUUUCUCUAUGACAAGGAACAAAAGCUAACCCAACAGCUUAACAGUAACUUGGAGCAUGGACAGCAGAACCCCCUUGGUCUGCUUUCAGAAGAUGCUUUUAGUUUGGAACAGCACAUUAAACAAGAAUUUUCAAAUUUGCAUCAGUUUCUCCAAGACAAAGAAAAGAAAGUCAUGCAACAAAUUAAGGAUGAAAAGACAAACCUUCUGAUAGAAAUGGAAAAAAGUCUUCAAUGCAUUAAACCUGAUAUUAUUGUCUCUCACGUGCCAACAUGUGAUGGUAACUUGGAGCUCAAGAAUAAAGAAACAGAGACACUGAAUGAGAUGAAAGUAAAAUUUGAAUGUGCUGAAAAUAAUAUGGCCUCACUGAGAAUGGAGCUCAUAAAACAGGAUUCUGAUGGUUUACUAACUGUACCAGAAACCUUUGACGAUGUUGCUGUUACUUUCUCAGAAGAGGAGUGGAAGAUGUUAAGGACACAAGAUAAAGAGCUUCACAGGGAGGUGAUGGUAGAAAACUAUGAAACCAUGAUUUCAUUGGGAUAUGACAUCCCCCAAAAUACAUUAUUACUGCUGUUAAAAGAAAAUAAGUCAGAAGGUAAUGUGGAAGGAAAAGGUACCACAAGACAAAAGAAUAAAUUUGAGGAUAUCAUACUAAGUAGAAGAAGCACAGAGUGCAGUCGGCUGUCAUCACUUGGAAGACCCCAGUUACAUCAUUCUGCAGAAAAUGUGCCACAGUAUGCUCAGACUGGAAAGGAAUAUGACAAGCUUCAUCUUAAGCCUAUAAAACAGCUUCCCUCGGGACUUAAGCUGAAAAACAGUACUAAAAGUGGCACAUGUUUUACUGUACAGCAAGGUUCAGCAAUCUAUCAGAGACCUCAUAAACGGAAAAAGUCCUAUAAAUGUACUGAAUGCAGUAAGUGUUUCACAACUCACUUUAGCCUUCGACAGCAUUAUGCCAUUCACACAGGGGACAAACCAUACAAAUGUACUCAGUGCAGUAAGUGUUUCACAUUUCUCGGUAGCCUUCGACAUCAUGAACUUGUUCACAGAGGAGAGCGACCAUAUAAAUGUGAUGAAUGUGGCAAGUGUUUCAUAUGCCUUAGUAGUCUUCGUCUCCAUCAUGCUACUCACCUGAGAGAGAAACCAUAUAAAUGUACUGAAUGCAGUAAGUAUUUUGCACGCAAAAGAAGUUUACUACAUCAUCAAAAGACUCACACGGGAGAAAAACCAUAUAAAUGUACUGAAUGCAGUAAGUGUUAUGCACUCAAAAGUAGUUUACUAGAUCAUCAAAAGACUCACACAGGCGAAAAACCAUAUAAAUGUACUGAAUGCAGUAAGUGUUUUGCAUUUCUCAGUAACCUUCUGCAUCAUCAGGUAAUUCACAAACGUGAGAAACCACACAAAUGUUCUGAGUGUAGUAAGUGUUUCACAUCUUCCCGUUACCUUCAAUUGCAUCAGGGCCUACACACGGGAGAGAAACCAUAUAAAUGUACUGAAUGCAGUAGGUGCUUUGUAAGCAAGGGACACCUAAGAUACCACGUGAACUCUCACAGAGGAGUGAAGCCAUAUACAUGUACUGAAUGUGGUAAGUGCUUUGUAAGCAAGGGACACCUGAGAUACCACCUGAACUCCCACACAGGAGAAAGGUAUAAAAAAGAAAUGUGGACAUGGGAAAGAAAGAGAGAUUUGAUAUGGUGCAGUAUUUAUGCAAAG